AAAAUUUUGCUGAUGGAUUGUUUGAAGCUCUGAAAAAUCUCGAUUUUAUAUUAUUCACUACUAUUCCUCGUUCUUUAGAGCUAAAGUUCCGAUUGAAGCUUGCUAUAUUCAUCAAGAAUCUUGAGUUUGUGUGCCUGGAAACGUAUUGGAUAUGGCUUAUGCUGCUCUACUUUCACUUACUCAAACACUAGAACAGAUCCUGGGUUCCCGCCCUGAAGAGAAACAGAUCAAAUCUCUCCAUGAAAAGCUUAGCUUCUCGCUAUCAUUUCUGGAUGAUUCUUCACCCAAAAACACUGAAUCAAUGACACGUAUGGAAGCAAGAAUCAGAGAUGCAGCAUAUGAAGCAGAGGACAUAAUUGAAUUGCAUCUGUCAAAAGAGAUUCUUUCAGAUGGCUUACAGAAGGUAAUAAAAGAGAUUGAUUCCAUUUUGGUUGAUGUGGAGAAGAUGAUAGACAUGAACGACAUAGAUGGUUCAUCAAAGUCCAGUUCCAAUAACAAGAGUGCUGUAGUGGGAUUUGAUAAUGACUCGAUGCAAAUUAAUAUUCCGCUCAGUGGACCACCUCCUGAAUUCAAAAGUACCUCAAUUGAUGGAAUUGAAAACACAUUGGUGAUCAAAUCAAUUAAUGUUUAAAGUACAUUUCUUUGUCUAUUAAAAUCCAUCACGUUUGCACUUCAUGACUACCAAUUUACUGUUAUUAGUUACAUCUUAUUUAUGUAUAAUCUUGCUUGAAUUA